AUGGUCAAAUCACUACCUUUCGGUGACAUUCAAGUCCCGUCACCUGGCUUUGGUGCAAUGGGCAUUAGCUUUGGUCUUGGUAAUAACAUGAGCCUUGAAGAAGCCGAGCCAGUCCUACUGAAAGCCAUCGAGCUUGGCUGCACAUUCUGGGACACGGCUGUCGUGUACCAAGCUGGUGUGAACGAAAAGCUGCUCGGUGACUUUAUCAGAAAACAUAAUGUUCGAGACAAGAUUUUUCUGGCAUCGAAAUGUGGUUUCGAUUGCAUGAAUGGAGGUGAUGGCAAAGUCACAAACUCGGCAGCACAUAUCAAGGAGUACAUUGAAGGUACAGUCGAGAGACUUGGCUUCGCACCAGAUCUAUACUAUCUCCACCGCAUCGAUCAAGUACAUACUUCCCUGGAGGAAUCAAUACCUGCUCUAGACGAAAUCAGAAAGGAGGGCAAGACCAAGUUCAUAGGUCUUUCUGAGUGCUCGGCAGCGACAUUGCGGAAAGUGAACUCGAUUGCAAAGUUCGAUGCCGUCCAAGCAGAAUACUCCGCAUUUGAGACAUUGCACGAAACAGACGGCUUGGUAGAGACAGCCAGAGAAUUGGGCGUGGCAUAUGUGGCAUACAGUCCACUGGGUCACGGCUGGCUCGUAGAUGACUUCCCAUACAAGUCUCCCGUUGACUUUGCACCAAAUGACUUUCGACGCACAGCCCCUAAAUUUCAAGGUGAGAACUUCUACAAGAACCGUGCUAUCCUCGACGAUAUCAAGAAGAUCGCGUCUCGGAAAGGGUGCAGCUUGCCUCAGAUCGCUCUUGCAUGGGUUGCGGCCCAGGGAAUGAUUGCGAUCCCUGGCACGACAAAGUCGAAGCGCCUUGAGGAGAAUUGGGCCUCACGGGAGAUCGAUUUGACGGAGGAGGAGCUGCGAGAGAUGCGCCAGGUCGUCGAUGCUGCGAAGCCACACGGUAAUAGAUAUAACGAGGCUCUUCAGGCAAUGGUGGGCCAUUAA